AAAAUCUACCCGUCAAAAUCUUCCAAACAAUAAACCCACACACGCGAAACCAGCCCCCAAUGUUGUGCUGAAUCCCGAUGACCUCUCUCAUUCGGAAGGUGUGGGUCUCCGUCGCCCACCGGCUGGGCCCGGCAUCGGCCUCCGGCUACGCAUCCUGCCCCAGCCCGAUCUCCGACUACGACGGGCUGCUCCAGAUGAUGUCCAUCCAGGAUUCAUCGACCGGAGAAUUUGACCGGAUUCCCAUCGACAUUUUUAUGCAGAUUCUCAAAAUUCUCGGACCACGAGAGUCGGUGAGGCUGAGAGCGGUCUGCAAAUCGUGGAAAAUUUUGGUAUCGGACAAUCGGCUGUGGAUAUACUUUCUGCAGAAUGGACCGGAGCCGUGGGACUCCGUCUUCUUCGCCGAGACUCACUUGCGAGUCGGUUAUCCUCUUCAGGUAUUUCCUGCUCAGAUGCACGACCUAUCAUUUAUGCAUGUUUAUGGUCAACGCAUGGAAGUUCCCGGAGCUAUUAUUAUUGAUGGGGGUUCUGGGUAUUGCAAAUACGGAUGGAGCAAGUAUCCCUGUCCAUCAGGGCGGUCCGCAACGUUUUUGGAAUUUGGAAACAUUGAGUCUCCAAUGCAUUCAAGACUUAGGCAUUUCUUUUCAACAAUUUGCAGCAGGAUGCGGGUUAAACCAUCAACACAACCAAUUGUUGUAUCAACACCACUUGCUCAUUAUGAUGAUAAUGAGAAUGCAGAACGGUCUAGAAGGCAACUGGAGGAUGCCAUCUGUUCGACUUUAUUUGAGAUGAAUGUUCCUGCUGUGUGUGCCAUUAACCAGGCAACUUUGGCUUUGUUUUCAGCGAGACGAACAUCAGGAAUUGUUGUAAAUAUUGGUUUCCAUCAAACGUCUGUUGUCCCAAUUUUACAUGGAAAAGUAAUGUAUAAGGUGGGUGUGGAAGUUGUUGGAAUGGGAGCUAUGAAGCUUACAAGUUUUCUUCGUGAUCAGAUGCAACAGAACAAUAUACAUUUUGAUUCACUUUAUACUGUACGGACAUUGAAAGAGAAGCUAUGCUAUGUUGCUCUUGAUUAUGAAGCUGAAUUAUCUAAGGAUACAGUGGCAUCUUUUGCUGUUACAUCAGAUAAUUGGUUUACUCUUACAAAGGAGAGGUUCCAAACAGGAGAGAUAUUGUUCCGUCCUCGCAUGGCUGGAGUGCAGGCAAUGGGACUACAGCAGGCCGUCGGACUUUGCAUGGAUCACUGCCAUGAUGCUGAAUUAAAAGGAGAUGAUAACUGGUAUAAAACUGUAGUAUUGGCCGGGGGCACUGCGUGUUUGCCGGGAUUGGCAGCAAGACUAGAGAAGGAGCUGCGUGAACUUCUACCACUCUCUAUCUCCAACGGGAUCCGAGUUAUUCCUCCUCCUUAUGGAACUGACUCUGCUUGGUUCGGAGCAAAGCUUGUUAGCAAUUUAAGCGCAUUUCCUACAUCAUGGUGCAUUACAAAGAAGCAGUUUCGGCACCAGUCUAAAGGCAAGUUUCUUAGCUUUUGAAGUAGCAGGUCGACAUCGAGAUGAACACACAUACAUACAUAUAUAUACACACACACUUCACAUAUGCUAAUUAAAAUAU